GAUAACUCCGAACAGUCAAACAAAAUGGCUGACAAGGAGAGCACCGACGUGUCAACAUCAUCAACUCAAGCCAAUAACCCGCUGUCACGCAAGUUGAAUAAAAUACUAGAAUCCAGACUUGACAAUGACAAGGAUAUGUUGGAGGCUCUCAAGGCCUUGUCAGUAUUUUUCUCAGAGAACAGCCUACGAACACGAAGAAAUCUUCGCAGUGAUAUUGAAAAAAGAAGUCUCGCUAUAAAUGAGGAGUUUCUGGAUGCAUUUCAAGUUGUCAAAGAGCAACUGGACAGUGUGUACGCUGAUGUGAAAGGUAUGAACGACUGCUGCCAGGACAUGACAAACAGACUGAAGGCUGCCAAAGAACAGACUCAUGACCUGAUUAACCAGACCACCACCCUGCAGGCCGAGAGUCAGAAGGUGCAGAUGAAGUCCCAGGUGGCCGACGCCUUCCUCAACAAGUUCCAGCUGAAACCAGAGGAGGUGAAGAUCCUGCGGGGUACCCGUGAUGGCCACUUACAUCGGGACUUCUUCAGUGCUCUGUCCCGAGUCAAGCAAAUCCAUACAGAUUGCAAGUUUCUCCUCCGCACAAACCAGCAGACAGCAGGGCUGGAGAUCAUGGAGUCCAUGGCCCUACACCAGGAAUCUGCUUAUGAGAGACUGUAUCGAUGGACUCAAAAUGAAUGUCGGACACUGACAAGCGACUCUCCUGAUAUUCAGCCGGUGCUGUGCCAGGCCAUGGGUGCUCUCAAGGACAGACCUGUCUUGUUCAAGUAUUCUCUGGAUGAGUUCGGCACUGCUAGGCGAAGUGCUGUUGUCAGAGGCUUUAUUGAUGCUCUUACCAGGGGAGGUCCUGGCGGUACACCCCGACCUAUUGAGUUACAUUCCCAUGAUCCUCUGCGUUAUGUGGGCGACAUGUUGGCAUGGCUUCACCAAGCUGCGGCUUCAGAGAAGGAGCACCUGCAGACACUGAUGAAAAAUUGUGAAACCCCCAGCAGCCUAAUAGAAGACAUUCUGGGCCAUGUGUCGGAGGGCAUCUGCAGACCAUUCAAGGUGCGGGUGGAGCAGGUGUUGCUGUCGGAACAGGAUGCCGUCACCCUGUACAAGCUGGACAACCUGCUCAAGUUCUACCAUUACACCAUAGGGCAGAUCAUCACGAGUGAGGCGGCGCUACUGUCGACCAUCAUGGACAUCCAGGAUCUCAGUCACAGAAUGUUCUUCAACAGUCUCACCUGUAAUGCCAACAAACUGCUGGACAAGGUGGAGUUACCUCCCUCUGACCUGGGCUCGACGGCGUCCUUGACUCAGACCCUGCAACUGCUGCGUGAUGUCCUGGCCUGUCAUGAUGCCUCGGUUGUUCCCAUCGACGACAAGAAGCAGGACUUCAAACAGAUUUUGUCUUGUGUUGUGGACCCACUGAUACAGAUGUGUUCAGUGUCGGCCAGCCGUCUCAACACGGUGGACAUGGCUGCGUACAUGAUCAACUGUAUCUACCUGAUGCAGUCCACACUCGCUCUCUACGAGUUCACAGACACCCGCCUGGAGAUGCUGCAAGCUCAGGUGGAUGCCCAUGUGGACACGCUGAUUAGUGAGCAGGCCUCCUUUGUGCUGGGCAGGGUUGGGCUGUCUCCCAUCUACAGCUCAGUACAACAGCAUCAGCCCAGCCAGGGCCCUCUCUCAGUGGUGCAAGGCAUGGAUACACUGACAGUGAAGUCUGCCAUGAACAAGUUUGACAGUUACCUUGCCAGUCCUGAUGCUCUGAUCUUGCCACAGUGUAGCCUACUGUUGAGUGCCUUGGUCAGGGAGAGUGUAAAGCAGAAAUCUGCCCAGCUGAUCAGUGAGGCGUAUAAGCAGAUGUACAGCGCCAUCUACAUCCCCUCCAACGAGUACAAGGAACCACAGGGCAUUGUCCCCAGAACACCAGACCAGGUUCUCAAGCUGUUGUCAUAGUAACAGACGCUGAAGCUGAUGACUACAAGAGUGGUUCCUAAGCACCCAGAAAAACUGAGGCACAUUAAAUCUCAAACUGGCUCACUUCGUCCUGUACAGCCAGGUUGACUUUCCACAACAGUGCAGGACAAUAGAAUGCCACUCUGUGGGCCAAAGUUUCAUUUAAAUGGACAAAAGCAGACUUUGUUUGGGUUCAUAUUUACAGAAAUGGAAUAGAUACUUGAGCUGUCCUUUUACGCAUUGCUAUGACUCAGUCUAUAUCUUGAAAGUAACAUUUGUCGUUAGGAAGAGAAUUUAUGGAUGUCAACUUCUUUAUUAUGAGCAACACAGGGUUUUCAUGAUAUCAUAUUGGAAUACAUUUGGAAGGCGAUCAGUUCACAUUUGGUCAUUACAGGAAAGACCCAAUCAUAACAUUUCCUUUUUAUGAGCUGGAGCCAGUUGAACCAAAGGAUGAACAGAUAGUGUCGUGACAGAUAGCAGGGAUUUACCAGGGUUAUAUAUUUUGCGGGUCAAGAGAACAGUGGACUUUACAGCAAGUAAUUGUAGGGGUCUCAGGUUAAGAAAUGGGGGUCCGAAAAAGGAAAUGUGAAAAAAUGAAUACAGGACUCAACAACAAGGGAUGUAAUACUACACAUGCUCAGAGGCCAUUAAUUAAAAAUAGAUAAUGAGUUCCCCAAUUGAAACAUAUCUACAAGUGCUUGCUCCAGAAGAUCGUGAAUCAUUCAACUGUGUAUUGUAUCUUUUACAUGAUUUAUCAAAUACUGAAAUAGCAGCCUUCAUUCAUGCUUUCACACUUUCUACAUCCCAGUGGAUGCACUCUGUAUUACUUUUGCAUCUGUCUUCAGUUUUAAUGAGAAAAGGAUGCAGGAUUGCAUGUCAAGUAAAUCUUUGAGAUAGAUAGCUGUUGAAAUGUACCUACAGGUGCUCUUUUCCCCCUGUAUGCAUGGCAGUGACAAUCCCAAGGCUGUUGUUUCGCGAUACAUAAGAAAACACAGCUUCAGUUGUGUGGAGAUUAAAACAUCUUUAAUGUCCACCCAAUCACAAUCACUGAAUGAUGAGGCUUUGAUAUGCAACUGAAAUAUAAUUCCAAGCAACUAUUAAAUUCACAAUGACCUUACUGUAUGUCCAAGAAACUGUGGCCAGAUGGUAUGAUGGGGUAGAUAGUUUGGGUGUAUUGAGAGGGAGGUUGAGCUUUAGUGUGUACAGAUAUGCUACUGUUGAACUUGAGAAAUGGUGCACUAACAUGCUUUGUAUAUAAUAUACAAAUCUAACAGUAUUUAUUUUGUAUAUAGUGAUUCUUGUGUAAACAAUGGGUCCAUAAUAAACACUUGGAAACCUC